AUGCCUGAAGCACUUGAUGAAUGUCAACACGAGUCCUGUAUGAAACCAUUCAACGGUAGAUCAAUACGUACUUAUGCAUGUGCCCAUCACUGUAGAAAAAGGCUUUGUAUAAAACACUUAAAUGAGCAUGAACAAUUGAUUGAAGAACAAACUGAAUCUAAAACACAAUUGAAACAAGCAUGGGAUGAUUAUUUCAAAGUAGUGAAUAUAGAUACAAUUGAAAAACAAAUUCAACUUUUACAGCAGAAACUUCAAAUUUGUUGUGGUUUAAGCGAUAUAACUGAAAAAUUAUUAUUACUAAGUGAUUCUAACAGUUCAAUCGAAAAUAAUCAAAACAUGAAAUCAACUAUUGAAAUGCUACAAAAAUAUAUGCGACUAGAAAAUCAAUCAAAACCAAUUACUUAUGAGAUCGAUCCGAAAAACGAAUCAGAAACAGAAGAUGAGGCAGAUAAUGAAUCAUGUAUCAAUUUAAGUGAAAUAUAUUCCAUAGACAAACAUAUUAUAAGCGAGAUCUUGGCCGAAAUACAAGAUGGAAGUUCUACGGUUACAACGAAUAACGGAGGUGAAACACGACAAGCAAUGGUCUUUGAUUGCAUAAAUACUACACUUGAUUCAAGCUCAAUCGGAACACAAAAUUCGAAUGGAUUAAAGGAUCAAGAGGACGACAAAUUUAAGAUUUUAGACUCAAAAACUAUGUCUGAUGGAGAUAUUUCACAUGAUUUACUCAAUCAUAAUGAAGGAAAAGAUCAAGUGCCAGCAGUCAGCAGAACUCUAUCCAUACACUGUACAACUCAUGUUGGAUCUGAUCUAACCGAUGCCUGCCCUGAAAGCAGUAUUCAGAACACAUAUCCACUGGUAUAUGAAUUCGAGGGAAUUCCAAAUGAUUCUGGUUUUAAACAAGUUGCUUUAGAAAGAUCAGAUAGUGAUUCAUCUUCCGACGAUGCAUCUUCUAAAAAUCGAUCCACUACUCCCGAAUUAGAACGGCAAUCCAGUGAAGAGAGUUGCUAUUAA